UUCAGAGUAAAAACUAAAAAUGUCUGGAAUUUUUGGAGUCAUUGUCUCAGGGAGGACGCCGAUCGAAGUGGUGCCGGUCUCCGAUACGGAGUUCACCUGCGAAAUUGUAAACGCUGACGCGAUAAACCACGUGGUGGUCUUCCUUACCGGAGCUCAACCGUUUCCGGACGGAAUUGGUGGCUCUGGUGAUCAUUUUCAGAAUUUUCCGCCCAAAAAAACCCAAUUUAUUUCAGUUUACAUCAGAUGGCCCACCCAAGACGGCGGAAAUUGGCAUUAUUUGGGAUUUAUUUGCAACGAGAAGCCCAGCGCGAUUUAUAAAGUUGCUCAGCUCCACAAAUCCGACGCUUCUCACUCGUUUUCCCAAUUUGACAAUCAAAUGCAACUAUAUUCCAGUGGAUCAGCUCAAAUUGGAAUUAAUGCUGAAAGUUUAUCUGAUAUCACUGGACGGCAGGCAGCUGAUGGGACACAGGCUAGCCAGCAGUCGACACUGGUGGAAUUCGCGGAAAAAAUGAUAAGAAAUCUUAUCAACCACACCGAAUCCUUCUCAGUUCGUCUUCCUAAUCCCUCUGGUGGUUCUCUCGAAUACAUCCCGGUGUCGGCGUUCCAAUCGUGGUACAACUCAUUUUCACGGCGAUUCCAGGCAAAUCCCUACUUUUGGAGAUCUCUCAAUAAUUCUUGAGCCGAGAAACUCGAAUAAUGAGAUAAAAAUUGCGAUUUUUUGUACUUUUUUGUGAUUUUUUUUGUUACAACCAAUCAAUAAAGGAAUCUCAAAUUUU